AUGCGACUACAACUACAAAUACGACUACAACAACAACCACUACAACAACUGCAACUUCAACAACAACUACAACUAACAACUGUAGAACCUACAACAGUAACAACUGAAGAACCUACUACAGUAACAACUGAAGAACCUACUACAGUAACAACUGAAGGACCUACAACAGUAAUAACUGAAGAACCUACUACAGUAACAACUGAACCUCCUACUACAGUAACAACUAAAGAACCUAGUACAGUAACAACUGAAGAACUUACUACAGUAACAACUGAAGAACCUACUACAGUAACAACUGAAGAACCUACUACAGCAACAACUGUAGAACCUACUAUAGUAACAACUGAAGAACCUACUACAGUAACAACUGAAGAACCUACUACAAUAACAACUGAAGAACCUACUACAGUAACAACUGCAGAACCUACUACUAUAACAACUGAAAAACCUACUACAGUAGCAACAGGAGAAAUUCCUGUUACAAUUGAGACAACAGCACCAACAACUGUAACAACUGAAAAACCAACCACAGUAACAACUGUAGAACCUACUACAGUAACAACUGUAGAACCUCCUACAGUAACAACUGUAAAACCUUCUACAGUAACAACUGAAGAACCUACUACAGUAACAACUGAGGAACCUACAACAGAAAAAACUGAAGAACCUUCUACAGAUUCAACUAAACCUCCUACCACAGUAACAACUGAAGAACCUACUACAGUAACAACUGAAGAACCUACUACAGUAACAACUGAAGAACCUACUACAUUAACAACUGUAGAACCUACUACAGUAACAACUGAAGAACCUACUACAUUAACAACUGUAGAACCUACUACAGUAACAACUGAAAACCCUACUACAGUAACAACUGAAGAACUUACAACAGUAACAACUGAACCUUCUACUACAACCAACAACUGGGGAAGCUACCACAACUGUGUCAAUAGGCGAGGAACCAUUUUUACUGCGAACACCAGCCUAGAUAAUUCUAGAAGAUUCUAG